CAAGGCUUCAAAUCAGUGAUGAGUCAGUAUGACGGUUUUACAGGCGAUAACUGUAUUUGCUUGGAUUUCACUUUUUCACACAGAAUCCGUUUAUGGAGAAGUGGCAACUUGGCAAUUGGAAUGCCUCAAGAURCACAAUACCUAUCGUGCUAAACAUCAAACAGGCAAUUUGACGUGGUCUGACAGUCUUCAACAGGAAGCUCAAACAUGGGCAAACUAUCUUGGAGACUGGAAUCUUGCAUCUCGCAGUGAAAUUGGUGAAAGCUUGUAUUUGACCAGUGACAUGCAACUGCCAACUUGCGGAGAUAUUGUGACGUCGUUUUACAAGGAAAUCAAUAGAUAUAACUACAAUAACCCUGGACUAUCUAAAGAUACUGAACGAUUUUCACAGARCAGAUAUCGUUACAAACUAAAGUCAUUGCCAUCCCCCUACACCAAUAGUACAAUAUGCAAUGUUGAUAAAGGAUCCAGGUCAUCACCUAACAAGAGGCAAAACUGGAUCGGGGGCGGGGGGGGCAUUAAAGAGACAGGAGAAAAACGUUCCUUGACUGGGGAAUUUUGA